AUUCCAACUAUAACCAACACUUUCCCAGAUCGUAUCUCGUGUUUUUUUCCAAAGUUUGCGUUAUUUGAGGAGAGCUGGACUAAGACUUCACAUCAAUGGUGUCUUUCCACCCACGAUCAUGGUAUCUUCUUUUUAUUUUGCCAAUAUAAAAUAAAAAGGUGGAAGAAGAAGAUCCAUUUUCUCUUGGUCAAUAAAUAGUUUAAUUGACUUAACCCAAUUAUAUGUAUUCUUUCGCCUUUAGUUUUGCCUAAACUCAAGAGAGGCUAACAACUUUAGCAUCAAUGGUGUUUUCCCAAUUUUGUAUCUAGUACUUUCUUGGAAAAUAUUUAGUGGUGACUAACCCAUACCAUUGGUUUAUGAGCUUUGCAUUGUUUAAGAAAAACCUGAACUGAAGAAGAGGCCAAAGACUUUGGUGUCAAUGUUUGUUGUUUUUCUUUUUUUUGUUUUUUUGGAUAGUUAAGGGUAAGGGGGAUUUCAACAUUGGUUGUCUAUAUUGGAAACACCAAUAAAUGUCUGCUUAUGGGGUCACUCUCACUCUCAUAUUGCUGCUGUGUUUAGCUAAUGUGGUCAACUACAGUGAAGCCCAUGUGAGUAUAUUGUCAAAUUAAUGUCUUUUUUAUUUUUUUACUCAAAAACCCCAAGGCUUGAUUUUUCAUAGAUCCCUUGAGUUUUCUUGUGAAAUUUGUUAUGAUUUUUUGUGGGUAUUUUUGAAUUGAAAAGUUUGUUUCUUGAUUUUGGAAAUUAAUGGGUCUGAGACUGAGAUGAUGGUGCCAAUGGUGGAGUCAGGAAGGAUGAAGAAGAUGAUGAUGGUGAUGAAUGAUAGCAGAAGGAGGUUAGGGAGCUUCUAGAUAUGUGCACUAUGCACUUGCUGUGGUGGGGCCAAAGGUCUUUGCUUGCCAUCUCCUUGUUGCUAUGCCAUCAAUUGCAACAUUCCCAACAGGCCUUUUGGCUUUUGCUCUUUCACUCCCAAGACCUGUAAUUGCUUUGGAUGUCAUCCCUAACUCUCUUUCUCUCUCAUUCCAUUCUAUAUAAUUUUAUAAUUUACUUACAUUGUUUAAUUUAAGGCUCAAGUUGAUGCUGUUGGGAGUGUGGAUGGGAAGAAUAUCUAUUCUUCAUUUAAGGCUCUUGGUUGUCUACAGUGUUUUUUGUUUUUGUUUUUUUUUUUUAGUUA